CCCAGAGCAAGGGAGUUGCAGCUUCCCCGGAUGGGGAGGUGGGCCCUCGACGUGGCCUUUGUGUGGAAGGCGGUGUUGACUCUGGGGCUGGUCCUUCUCUACUACUGCUUCUCCAUCGGCAUCACCUUCUACAACAAAUGGCUGACGAAGAGCUUCCACUUCCCGCUCUUCAUGACGAUGCUGCACUUGGCCGUGAUCUUCCUGUUCUCUGCCCUGUCCAGGGCCCUGGUUCAGUGCUCCAGCCACAGGGCCCGCGUGGUGCUGAGCUGGACGGACUACCUCAGGAGAGUAGCUCCCACAGCCCUGGGCUCUGCUGGUGCAUCAUGGGUCAUUUGUCCUUGCAGGUACACGAUGACCAAGUCUUCCGCUGUCCUCUUCAUCUUGAUCUUCUCCCUGAUCUUCAAGCUGGAGGAGCUGCGUGCGGCUCUGGUCCUGGUGGUCCUCCUCAUCGCCGGGGGCCUCUUCAUGUUCACCUACAAGUCCACACAAUUCAACGUGGAGGGCUUUGCGUUGGUGCUGGGGGCCUCGUUCAUCGGCGGCAUUCGCUGGACCCUCACCCAGAUGCUCCUGCAGAAGGCGGAACUCGGGCUCCAGAACCCCAUUGACACCAUGUUCCACCUGCAGCCACUCAUGUUUCUGGGGCUCUUCCCUCUCUUUGCCAUAUUUGAAGGUCUCCAUUUGUCCACGUCUGAGAAGAUCUUCCGUUUCCAGGACACCGGGCUGCUCCUGCGGGUUCUAGGGAGCCUCUUCCUUGGAGGGAUCCUCGCCUUUGGUCUGGGCUUCUCUGAGUUCCUCCUGGUCUCCAGAACCUCCAGCCUCACUCUCUCCAUUGCGGGCAUUUUUAAGGAAGUCUGCACUCUGCUGUUGGCCGCUCACCUGCUGGGGGAUCAGAUCAGCCUCCUGAACUGGCUGGGCUUUGCCCUCUGCCUCUCCGGCAUCUCCCUGCACGUUGCUCUCAAAGCCCUGCGUUCCAGAGGUGAUGGUGGCCCUAAACCCUUGAAGGGGCCGGGCUCCCACCCAGACCUAGAGCUGCUGCUCCGGGGCAGCCGGCCAGAGGAGGACGACAAUGACGAGGAGGAGGAGUACUUUGUGGCCCAGGGGCAGCAGUGAUAGGCCAGGACACCAGCUGGGAAGCAGGCUGCUCCCAAGCCUCACACCUCACAGCAGCCUGGGGACCCGGGGGGCCCUUCACAACAGCCGGGGAGCGGUGGGCCAGGACUCUCCCAGGCCGGGCCUCGGUGGGGGGCGCGUGACCACGUGGUGGGGCUCGCUCAGGGAGCCGAUGGAACAGAGAGGGGUGCGUCGGACCAGAGCAGGGCCCACACCGCACUGGAGUCACAGCGGGACGGGAGCGGGCCGGGCUCAGCUGCUGGCCAGACUCUGCCAGCCCCGGUGGUGGUUUCCAGGAGCAGAGCAGGUUUCUGAGGGGACCGGGCUUACACUGCGGGGCAGUUGGGAAGGGGCGAUGCAGAGGCUGGAGCCUCAUCACCUCGAGUGCGUCUCUUCUCAGUACAGGUCUAUUUAUAGUUUGGAAAUAAAGGAUUUACGGUCCACUGGC